AUGCCGUACCCGAGUAUUUGUCAGGCAUUGGAAGAACCAAUGCAGGUGGAUGUAAUUGCUGAGGAAAAAGACAAUGGUAAAAAAGGGUUUACCGUUGAAAAUGCCACUCUGGAUCUGGAAUCUUAUAGCAAGCAUUAUGAAGGAUUUGUGAAGCUCAACAGACUGCUCUUCAUUAUUAACCAUUGUCCAACUCUGAAAACGGAAACUCUUCAGCUUGCCUUGGAUUGUGUACAGACAACACACGACACAAAUCUUUAUCAACAAAUAUACAAGCAGCUGCAAGAAAUGGCCUCUUCAUCAUCAAAUAGCUCAGUGAAAGUUCCCCCUCUAGACAAUCAUUGGAUUGAAACAACCAAUCGCAAAGCACAACAAACGUUAGAAAAACUUGAUUCUGAUCUAAAAAAUUAUAAAACCAAUUCUAUUAAAGAAAGUAUACGACGAGGCAAUGAUGACUUAGGAGACCAUUACUUGGAUAUGGGAGAUUUAUGCAAUGCCUUGAAAUGUUAUUCUAGGGCCCGAGACUACUGCACCAGCCCCAAACAUGUGGUUAAUAUGUGUCUAAAUGUCAUCAAGAUUAGCAUAUUCAUAGAAAAUUGGCCUCAGGUGAUCAAUCAUAUCCAAAAAGCUGAAAAUACAAUACUUCGAUCUGAGAUGCUUUCUGUAAAUAAUGUAGCUACUUAUGGUACGCUAUGUGCUCUGGCUUUGUUUGAUCGUCAAGAACUGCAGAAAAAUGUCAUCUCUAACCUUGGUUUCAAAAUGUUCUUGGAGUCAGAACCUCAGCUGAGGCACAUUCUGAAUACAUUCAACCAAUCCAAAUACUAUUUCUGUCUGAAGUUAAUGGAAGAAAUAAAAAAUAAUUUAUUAUUAGAUAUAUUUUUGGCACCACACAUCAAAAAAUUGUAUACACUAAUUAGAAACAAAGCUCUUUGUCAGUAUUUCAGUCCCUAUCUCUCUGCUGAUAUGCACAAGAUGGCUGAAGCAUUCAAUACAAAUGUAAAGGAUUUAGAAGAUGAGUUGAUGCAACUAAUUUUGGAGGGUCAGAUUAAUGCUAGGAUAGACUCACAUAACAAGAUUUUAUAUGCCAAAGAUAUCGAUCAGCGGAGUUCAACUUUUGAGAAAUCUAUAGCCAUGGGACAAGAAUAUGAACGCAGAACAAAAGCAAUGAUAUUACGGUCAGCACUUAUAAAAUAUCAUCUUCUAGUAAUGUGUCCUGUCCUUAAAGAGAAAAGCCCAGCAGCUUCUGAAGUAGCUACCCCUUCAGGCAAUUCAACACCAGUUCAAAAAUUACCAGUCAUUCCAAUGUAG